UCAGCACAGCACUAGGGGAUGGAGUAAGGGAGGGAAAGCAUGGAUCCCAUUGAAGAAAAAAGCAAACCGGUCGACAUUUAUCGCGACACAUGGGUCCGCUUCCUAGGUUAUGCCAAUGAGGUCGGGGAGGCUUUUCGUGCUCUGGUACCUGUGAGCUUUGUAUGGGGCAGCUAUGCCGUGGCCACUGCGUACGUUACUGCUGAUGCUGUGGACAAAGGGAAGAAAGCAGCUGUGGCCCACGGGGAGAACCCAGGGAGGACGACACGGGUAGCGGUGGCAGUGGUGGACACGUUUGUGUGGCAGGCCCUCGCCUCUGUGAUCAUCCCGGGCUUCACCAUUAACCGUGUGUGCGCUGCGUCACUGUACAUGCUGGGCAGAACCACCAAAUGGCCCCUGCCCGUCCGCAAGUGGACGACGACAGCUAUAGGCCUCUCUACAAUCCCCUUCAUUAUCACUCCAAUAGACAGGUCAGUGGAUUUCCUGCUCGACUCGAGCCUCCGGAAGGUCUAUGGUGAGCAAGAGAAGCACAAAUAAGGACAGACCAUGCAGGACAAAUUGUCCCUGUCUGGGUAGAGACCAGUCCACUAUAUGUCGACCUGUGCUGGUUAUCCACCACUGUGAAGCACUAUAGAAGUGUGAAGAAGAAUUUCACGGAGCAAGACUCCGCAGUUAGUCAGAGAUACAUAAAAUAAAAUCGAUUUUAUUUCAGAACUAUAACAUUUAUAUAAGUAAGUUAAGUUGCUAAAAGUGAAAUACCCUCAUGGGGAUCCUUUAACCUCUCAGGGCAAUCUGGGUAGCGACACCAAAAAACGCUUAAACAGGAAUGUAACAGUAUGACAUAUGUAAAUAUUCACAGUACAAUCCUGCUUUUUAAAGUAUUCUUUGGCAGGGAUACAGCGUGCUGUUAUAUUCCUGUGAGCCGUCUCACAGAGAAAGCCUCCGAGGUUGCCCUCACGGUUCAGAGCUGUGAGCUCAACUCCUGUCCAGAUGUCAAGGUGAUUUAAUACAAAUCUGUUAGCUGUGUUUAUAGCCAUAUGCUGUGGUACUGUAUUGACAGGCCAAAAAAGCCAGUUUGCCAUAAUGUCCCUCUUAUUCAGUACUUAUGUAAAGUUUGCAUUUGUUGUUUUGUUUUGUUGUUUCUGAAAACAAAGCUGCCUGUUACUUUGAAUAGCUGUUUCAAGGGUUUGUGAUGCUGUUUUUCAGUUUCAUUUUACCUUGCUGUUGGUUACGGGAGCCAAGGUUUGCACUGGGGGCAUUUCUUACACCACAGUUACACUCUGUAUUAUUAUAUGUGGUAUAUGAUUCUCUUAAAGGGCGGGUCCAUCUGUUCAUUUAUGGGUUUUUCAAAUGAAAACGCCCACUCAGCUGUUGAAUGAAAUAGAUGAUCGUUGUGAUCGCUGCUUAAAACAAUAACUGAAAUGGUUAGUUUGGAUUUGUUGAAGUGGGUUUGUAUAAGGUACUUAUCCAUAGUCAGUGUAAUAGUUUCACUGCUUUACUUUGCAGUGAGAUGGCCACCAGAUUCCACUGACAAAAACAGUAAUUUUACCUGACAGAACAAGGGAGUUGCUGUUCAACAGCUACCUCAAUCUGUUAGUUUGUCUUUUUGUUUGACUUUCAGAUCCAAACUCAGCUGGCAUCUAUAGCCAGAUGAGUUUAGCUUCUGUGCUAGUUAGGGGGAUAGAGAAAUCUUGAUAAUUUGAUAGACUGAUAACACACAAAUCUCAAAGAGGGCUUGGCUCAGUCUUGAAAAGCCACAGGAAGACUAGGGGGGUUUAUAUGUAGCAAUGUCAUCAUGCAGAAAACUAAGUCAGGUCACAUGACUUAGGCUAAAAACUUUAAAUAAGGAGUCCUAACCUUGGAGUGAUUAAGGAAUGUUCUCAGUGCGACUCUGAGCAAGGAAGGGACAGAAACUUACCUGAGUUUGGAGGUGUGGUUGACCCCGUUGUUAGGUGAUGCAUUCUUUUAACAGUUGUGAUUGGUUGUCACAGCCACACCCCUG